GCUAUUCCCAUAACAAGGAUGCUGGAGCAAUCUGCUCAGCUCUGGAGCUGAGGCUGAAGGAUGGAGCCCACCGCUGUGAGGGGAGAGUGGAAGUGAAGCACCAAGGAGAAUGGGGCACAGUGAAUGAUCACAACUGGAGUAUGGAGGAGGCAGCUGUGGUGUGCAGACAGUUGGGGUGUGGAGGUGCUGUUGAUGCUCCCAAAGGGGCUAAAUUUGGGUCAGGAAUUGGACCCAUUUGGUUUCAUUAUAUUUACUGCAAAGGGCCAGAGUCAGCUAUCACCAAGUGUAGUUAUCCUCCUGUGAAAGACCAUCGUCCAGAGGGCCAUUCCCAUGACAAGGAUGCUGGAGCAGUCUGCUCAGCUCUGGAAUUGAGACUGAAGGAUGGAGCCCACCGCUGUGAGGGGAGAGUGGAAGUGAAGCACCAAGGAGAAUGGGGCACAGUGAAUGAUCUAAAUUGGAGCUUGGAGGAGGCAUCUGUGGUAUGCAGACAGUUAGGGUGUGGAACUGCUGUUGAUGCUCCCAAAGGGGCUAAGUUUGGACCAGGAGUUGGACCCAUUUGGUUUCAUUAUAUUUACUGCAAAGGGCCAGAGUCAGCUAUCACCAAGUGUAGUUACCCUACUGUGAAAGACCAUCAUCCAGAGGGCCAUUCCCAUGACAAGGAUGCUGGAGCAGUCUGCUCAGGAAACCAGACCCAGGUGCUGCCCCAGUGCAGUGAUUCCGUGUCUGAACCAGCAGGCUCUGCAGCUACAGAGGAGAGCGCCCCCUACUGCUCAGACAGCAGACAGCUCCGCCUGGUGGACGGGGGCGGUCCCUGCGCCGGGAGAGUGGAGAUCCUGGACCAGGACUCCUGGGGCACCAUCUGUGAUGACUGCUGGGACUUGGACGAUGCCCGCGUGGUGUGCAGGCAGCUGGGCUGUGGAGAAGCCCUCAGUGCCACGAGGUCUGCUCACUUCGGGGCGGGAUCAGGACCCAUCUGGCUGGCCGACCUGAACUGCGCUGGAAAUGAGUCUCACGUGUGGAACUGCCCUUCCCGGGGCUGGGGGCGGCACUACUGCAGACAUAAGGAGGACGCAGGGGUCAUCUGCUCAGAGUUCCUGGCCCUCAGGAUGGUGAGUGAAGACCAGCAGUGUGCUGGGUGGCUGGAAGUUUUCUACAAUGGGACCUGGGGUAGUGUCUGCCGCAGCCCCAUGGAAGACAUCACCGUGUCUGUGAUCUGCAGACAGCUUGGCUGUGGGGACAGUGGAAGUCUCAACUCUUCUGUUGCUCUUAGGGAAGGUUCUAGACCCCAGUGGGUAGAUGGAAUCCAGUGCCAGAAAACUGAUACCUCUCUCUGGCAGUGUCCUUCUGACCCUUGGAAUUACACUUCAUGCUCUCCAAAGGAAGAAGUCUAUAUCUCGUGUGCAGGAAGAAGACCCAAGAGCUGCCCCGCUGCUGCCCCCUGCACAGACAGAGAGAAGCUCCGGCUCAGGGGAGGAGACAGCGAGUGCUCAGGGCGGGUGGAGGUCUGGCACAACGAUUCCUGGGGCACCGUGUGCGAUGACUCCUGGAGCCUGGCAGAGGCCGAGGUCGUGUGCCAGCAGCUAGGCUGUGGCCCGGCCCUGGAAGCCAUGCGGGCCGCGGCGUUUGGUCCUGGAAACGGGAGCAUCUGGCUGGACGAGGUGCGGUGCGGGGGCCGGGAGUCCUCCCUGUGGGACUGUGCCGCGGGGCCCUGGGGGCAGAGCGACUGCAAGCACGAGGAGGACGCCGGGGUGAGGUGCUCUGGUGAAACAACCUCAAAUCCUCUCCCUGGUGCCUUCUCCCUGCCUUGGGUCCUCUGCCUCAUCCUGGGAGCUCUUCUCUUCCUGGUCCUCAUCAUCCUGGUGACUCAGCUGCUCAGAUGGAGAGCAGAGUGCAGAGCCUUAUCUAGCUAUGAAGAUGCUCUUCCUGAAGCUGUGUAUGAGGACCUAGAUCACUGUGUGAUACAGAAAGAGGGUCUUCUGGGCAGCCCAGAUCAGAGGACUGAUGCCCAUGGUGAGGAUUACGAUGACGCUAAAGAGGUACCAUUGCCUGGGGCUCCUUCUGCCUCUCAGGGGAGUGAGGAGGAAGUGACCCCAGAAAAGGUGGAUACAACGAGGUCCUCUCAGACAGGUUCUUCUCUGAAUAUCUCUAGAGAGGUGACUGAUCCUGGGGGAGAAGAAGAGAACCCCUGGUUGCUCCAGGGGGAAGAAGCAGACACCGAGUACGAUGAUGUUGAAUUAAGUGCCCUGGAAACAUCCAUAGUUACUUUCCCAUGAUGUUGUAUUAAAUACGAGAUGAUGCCUCAGAUGU